CAGCAUUCCCGCGUUCUGCGGGGUAGGGGUUCAUCAUGGCUGCUUGCGGAGCUCAGGCAUCUGCCUCCGAGCAAGCCUGGCUUGAAUCUGCCCAGACCUUCAUCCAAGCGACCCUUUUCCCGGCUGACCAGGAGCCUAACAAGCAGUUGACUCUGUCAGUAAUUGAUUGUGUGAAGAAGACGUGGCUGUCCCAGAGGGAGAAUCGGGAUUUUCCACUGCCCCUGAGCUACAGCUUUGUUUCGGUACAGAAUCUCAAGACCCAGCAGUCUCUCCCGUGCUGCAGUCACUUGUCCUGGAGCACUAAUGCUUACCAGACUUGGUCCCAAGGAGCUGGGUCAGGGGGCAGAGUCCUGCCCCGGCAGCAGUUACUACUCUUAGGGACACUAAUAGACCUAUCUGGGGAUUGGGAGCAAGAGUGCAGGAGUGGAGGCCUGUACGUGAGAGAUAACACCGGACUCUUGGACUGUGAGCUUAUAGAUCUAGACCUUUCUUGGUUGGGCCACCUCUUCCUGUUCCCCAGUUGGAGUUACCUCCCUCCUGCCAAGAAGAACUCCGUGGGGGAGGGGCACUUGGAGCUGUGGGGUGCACCUGUGCCAGUCUUUCCUUUGACCAUCAGUCCUGGCCCUCUGUCACCUAUCCCUGUCCUCUACCCAGCAAAGGCGUCCCGCCUGCUCAGACACAGAAAGAAGCACAAAGUAAAGGAGCCAAACCUGGCCGGGAAACUGGUCCGUCUGAGUGCUCUGGUGGUAACUAAGAGCAAAAGAUACUUCAUCAUGACCCUUGGUGAGCUAUCCGAAGCCGACAGCCAAGCUGGCAGCCAGGUGUCCAUCAUUGUACAGAUUCCUGCCCAGAUGGGGUGGCACAGAGUCCUUCGGCCUGAUAGGGCCUAUGUGCUGACAAAAUUGCGCGUUACCAAGACCCGAGGUUAUGGUCACUAUAUUUGGACAACCAUUCCAUCUUCGGAUCUGAUACCACUGAGACCAGAUUCUGUGCGAGAGCUGGAGCUGGAUGUACCAUUCUUGGGAGCUGACCUUAGACUGCGACCCCAGCCCACCAGCUCCAGAGACAGCAGGGCACAGGACGGUCAUGUCCGCAAUUCCAAAGUCUUACAUUAUUCGGGAACAGUCACCCGUGUGCUGAAUGAGUCUGCCAGCCUCUACAUUCUAGAUGGGCAGCUGAUUCUCUGCCUCGCAUACCAGCAGCUCCAUGGCCUCAGGCGGGUGAUUCGACCAGGGGUCCGUCUGGAGCUCCGAGAUGUUCAUCUCCUCCAAGCAGUGGGUGAAGAAACAAGACCCGUUCUAGCACUUUGUCUCCAUGGCACCAUUCUUCUUCAAAGCUUCUCCUGUCUUAAACCGGAGACUUUGCCAUCCUUUGAAGUUUAUGGUGCCUCCUUGUAUGAGCAACUCGUGUGGGAAUAUCAGUUAGGACUUCCCUUAUACUUAUGGGCUAUGAAGGCACUGAAGGAGCUGGCCAGCAAGCUAUGUCCCUAUGUGUUGAGAUACCAGCAGUUCCUGAAGCACUCCUCUCCUGGGAACCCCAGCUUGGCACUGCAGCUCCUAGCUCCCUCCUGGGAUGCUCUGAUUCCACCUGGCGGCCCCAUUCGGCACGCGCACAGUGAGAUCCUGGAAGAGCCACAUAACUGUCCCCAUCAGAAAUAUGCCCAGCUGCAGACUCCCUACUCUUUCCCGACUUUAUUCGCCCUGGAAAAGGAAGGGCAGUGUAGGGCUUGGGCUACCUUUGACCCAAAGGCCCUUCUGCCUCUCUCAGAAGCUGCCCACCUAACCAGCUGCCAACUGAAUCGCCACCUAGCCUGGUCCUGGCUCUGCCUGCCAUCCUCUGUGUUCCAGCCAGCUCAGGUUCUCCUUGGGGUGCUGGUGGCUUCAUCUAAGAAAGGUUGUCUGCAGCUUCGGGACCUAAAAGCUUCAUUGCCCUGCAUGCCCUUGACUGAGACUUCACAGCCCCUCACUGACCCAAAGCUCAUAGGCUGUCUGGUGUGGGUAGAGAAGUUCCAGCUGGUGGUAGAGAGAGAAGUCAGGAGCAGCUUCCCUUCCUGGAAGGAGCUGGACACGCCAGACUUCAUCCAAAAGAAGCACGCCAGAGUUUAUAUCCAGUUCUUCUUGUCUGACGCCCUGAUCCUGCCUCUACCCAGACCCACCUCUGACUCAGAGCUACCUCAGACAGAUCCCUCCUGCUCAGAGGGACCCCACGGGGGGCAGAGCCGGCUGUUCUUGCUAUGCCACAAGGAGGCCCUCAUGAGACGUAAUUUUUGUGUCCUUCCGGGAGCCAGCUCACAGCCUCCAAAGCCUGCCCUGAGCUUCUGUGUGUCGGGAACUUGGCUUUGUGGCACACAGAGGAAGGAGCGGUCUGGAUGGGGCCCACCUCAGUCUCUUGGAGUUGAGAACAAGGAUCAGAAGGUCUCCCUCAUCUUCCUUGGCUCCUCAGUUAGAUGGUUUCCGUUCUUGUACCCAAACCAAGUCUACCGCCUCGUGGCUCCCGGCCCCCCACAGACAGCAACGUUGUUUGAGACAGAGGGUCCAUCUGGCACGUCUCAGCGUCCUCUGGAGCUGGCUGGCAUACAGUCCUGCCUCACUGUCCAGGAUGAGUGGACCCUGGAACUUGGGAGCUCUCAGGACAUACCUAAUGUGCAGAUCUCCAGAGCACUGCCCGAGUCCUCGCUGACCCACCUGCUGAGUGACAACUUCUCCAAUUCCUUGGUGUCUUUCUCUGCUGAAAUUUUGUCACGGAUCCUAUGUGAACCACCUCUGGCCCUUCGCCGGAUAAAGCCUGAGAAUGUUGGGGCUGUUAAAGCGGGCGUGAAGCUAACAGUAGCUCUAGAAAUGGACGGCUGUGCCUAUCCCCCUCACCUGGACAUAUUUAUCGAAGAGCCACACUUGCCUCCCCAAAUAGGACUCCUUCCAGGAGCCCGAGUCCACUUUAGCCAGCUGGAGAAAAAGAUUUCCAGAUCCAACAGUGUUUACUGUUGUUUCCGGCCGUCCACUUCCGUGCAGGUCCUGAGCUUCCCCCCGGAGACCAAAGUCAGGGCUCCCCUGCCCCACAUCUACCUGUCUGAACUUCUCCAAGGUGGCCAGGGCCAGGUGCCAUUCCAGGCCACUACAUCUUGCCAUAUUGUUCUUGUCUUGAGCCUUCAGAUCCUGUGGGUGUGUGCUCAUUGCACCAGCAUCUCUCCCCAGGGGAGGUGUAGUCGGCAGGACCACAAUUGUCCAGCUCAGACAGCUAUAAGCCAGGCCAAUGUCAGGCUCUUGGUGGAAGACGGCACUGCAGAAGCCACAGUGACCUGUAGGAAUCAUCACGUGGCUGCAGCACUAGGGUUGAGUCCAAGCGAAUGGACCUCAGUCCUAGAAUGUGCACGGGGGCCAGGGAGAGUGGCCUUGCAAUUUAAAGGCCCUGGAGCCCAGACAGAGUCUGAACCCUUGGCCCUGUUCCUCCGGACCCUUUGUGACAGCCCCUCUGUCCUCCGACCUGUUCAGCUUUCAUUUGCACUUGAGAAGAGGCCCUCUGAUAUCACUCCGCAAGAACCGGCGCGGCUGCAGCAGUUCCAAUGUGGAGAGCUCCCCCUGCUGACCAGAGUGAAACCCAGGCUCCGACUCGUCUGCCUUUCUCUCCAGGAGCCUGAGCUCCCCAGCCCUCUAGAAAUUUCUGCCGCGUCCUCUUGACCGGAACUGCCAAAGGUGGUCGGUCUCAGUGCUUCCAGGACCCUAGGCGCUGCAGUCACGAACUACGGCCCCACUGUCAUUUCUCGUGGUUUCAGUGUGCCUUGGGAACAUUAUGAGAACCGCAAAUCGCAGCACGGUGUUGGUGUUCUCGGGUUGGGUUAGGAGCCUGCACUCCCAGGUGGCCCUGAGUAAUUGGGGUCUGCCUGGUGUGGAAAGCAGAACCCAAACCUUGUUCUUAUCACCGUGCUAUGAUAAACCUCUCUGGGGACAAUAAA